AUGUUCUUCGCCAGGCGAUCGGUGGCCUCGAUGCGGCCUUUGCUGCGGAACCAGCAGCCGCAACGAUUCGCUUCUCACGCUGCUCACGCCGAGCCAGUGAGCGAGGGCUUCGGUCCCAGUUUUUACGUCGCCGUUGGUACCUUCGCCUCCAGCUUCGUCCUCUACCGUAUCCACAAGUCGAUACAGGAUGCCGGCGAGCAGUCGUGGAUCUCCAACCUGAUCCAGAAAUGGACCCCCGAUGAGAAGGUCUUUGAGGAGAGAAAUGCUAUCCACACCGUGGCCAUGGAGAAGGCUGCGUACGACCGUCACCUGUUCCAGAGCCAGCGUCCUGCGCAAGCUUAUGACUUGAAGCAGCCUGAGGUGAGCUUCAAUUCCGGUGCCCCGUGGAACGUCUCUGCCGGCUCGCAGGCCAACCUGAGCGCCGUUGCCGCACACUACGACCGCCAGAACCAGAAGGUCGAGGAGUCUCGUGUUGCACGGUUGAAGGACGGCAAGGUUGUGUCUCUAUAUGAUUAA